UAGGCGCGACUCGACUGGCGUCUGCCAGCGCAGAGGAGCGUUGAGACGGAAAAAAGAUGCCGGAGUACAACUGGACUGGUGGUGGCGCGAACUGGGAGGCGCGGAUCCAACCCGCGGCCGGUCCGCCGAGGUUGCUCGGCUGGAACGUCCCAGCCGACGAGCUGCAGUACGUACCCGAGCACUGGCUCAGCUUCCCGGAGCCCAAUCCCGCGAUGCACUACCUGCUCGGCCUGCUCUACAUCCUCUUCACCUUCAUCGCUCUGCUCGGCAACGGGCUCGUCAUCUGGAUCUUCUGCUCGGCGAAAUCGCUGAGAACGCCGUCGAACAUCUUCGUGGUGAACCUGGCGAUCCUCGAUUUCAUGAUGAUGAUGAAAACGCCGAUCUUCAUCUACAACUCGUUCAACACCGGCUUCGCGCUGGGCCACCUUGGCUGCGAGAUCUUCGGGGUGAUGGGCACGAUCAGCGGCAUGGGCGCCGGCAUGACCAACGCGGCGAUCGCGUACGAUCGUUACAGGUUGGUGACGAGCUCGCUCGGCCGACUAAUUCCGCUCGGCGCACUAAUUCCGCUCUGCCACAGCACGAUCGCGCGCCCCCUCGACGGCAAGCUGUCCCGAGGCCAGGUGAUCAUGCUGGUGACGCUGAUCUGGACGUACGUGCUACCCUGGGCGCUGAUGCCGCUACUGGGCGUCUGGGGCAGGUUCGCGCCCGAGGGCUACCUCACCAGCUGCACCUUCGACUACUUGACGGACACCGACGAGACUCGCUACUUCGUGGCCACCAUCUUUACCUUCUCCUACAUCUUCCCCAUGUCCAUGAUCAUCUACUUCUACAGCCAGAUCGUGGGCUUCGUGGUCAACCACGAGAAGGCGCUGCGCGCCCAGGCCAAGAAGAUGAACGUGGAGAGCCUGAGGAGCGGCCAGAAGCAGCAGGAGCAGUCGGCCGAAGUCCGAAUCGCCAAGGCGGCGAUCACCGUGUGCUUCCUGUUCGUCGCCGCCUGGACGCCCUACGGCGUCAUGGCCAUGAUCGGUGCCUUCGGCAACAAGGCGCUGCUCUCGCCCAGCGUCACCAUGAUACCGGCCUGCUGCUGCAAAGCCGUCGCCUGCUUGGACCCUUACGUCUACGCGAUCAGCCAUCCCAGAUACAGGUUGGAGUUGCAGAAGAGGCUGCCGUGGCUGGAGCUGCAGGAGAAGGCGCCCGCGCCCGCCGACGCGCAAAGCACCACCACCGAAGCCGUCAACGCGAACGCCUCCGGUUAGACGACUCCACUAGCUGGCCCGCGCCGUCUCUCCUCUUCCGGCAAAGUGAUCCGCCUUGCUCGCUUCAUCCUCCAUUGACCAUCUCGUUGUUCCAGAUACCCCGAUCGCUCGACGACGGCACUCUCCUCAGAGAUCUGCGAGACACGUUGCUCUGCGACCAACGCUACGUGCAUACUUUUAUUACUGCAUUUAUCCUCGUUUUUUUUUUUUUCUGUUUUGUUUGUUUUUUUGUUUCGUCAAAUACCAUUUUUUCUACGAAGCGUGCCCGUUUCUGCUCUUCUCCUUGCACUCGCGUGUAAACCGCGAACACUCGAUCGCCAUUUUCCGGGCGGCUCCACGAUUUCGUUGUUCGCUCUAACCGAUUAAUCAGUUGAGUUGUGCAGAGACGAGAAAGAAUUAUAAUUUUUGCUCGAAGUUGCGUAAUUAAGGCUUCGUUUGGAAAAUACAAUUUAAGAGAUGUCACUUAUAUCAGAGAAAUGUGUAUAUUUUCAACCUCACACGCGAACAUACAUACACACGUUCAUUGUAAAUUUUUUGUCGUUACAUGACAGCUGUUUAUCGAACAAUUGUUGAAUGUAAUUCUACGAUUGUAUGCAUCAGCCUUUGCGAAAUCAAACCAAAGUGUAAUUGGAUUAAGUUUUACAAUAAAGCAUUUGACAUAUUAUUCGAAUACACGAUUU